CCAGCGAGUCAAUAAGACUGAAUUCAUAGUUAAGAAUAUUCUUCAGAGAUCUUGAUAAAAUUCCCCCUUUCUUUUCAAUUAAGCAAUCAGCAUAUUGGCAUUUCUUAGCUGUUUUUCAGUGCACAAAGGAAUGUGGAAAAGCCGGCAGCAGCAUCUUUCCCUGAACUUAAAUCUCAAGUUCGGCGUCUUCCCCAUUUCAAUCACCGAUUUUUUUUGGAGCCAUGAUGUUUAUGCAUGCGACAGGCAAAGUCCAAACGGUGACGAACCAAUCGCAGUAUGCGCCAUGCUUGUGUGACGCAACAAGCUCACUUUUUCGUCCACUACCUCCUUUGGUAACUUUCUGUCUUGCUUUUAUUUUCCCUUCCUCUUUACCGACAUAUUGCUUGUCAAUGCCAUAUCCAUGGAUACUAUAGAUUCUAGAGUUCCCAAUAAGGAUCGUUCAACGGCAAAAUCUCUUCCCAAUCCAUCUAAAGUAGACACUACAUUAUAUUCGGGAGGUCUAUAUAAUUCGUCAUCAGCGCAAAUGUAUUCUGACGGCAGUGAAAGUACCGCUCACCUUGACACUCCACCAUCGGCAACUGUUACUGCUGUUCGCUACAAAACGCGAACUGGAUUAUUUGUGCAACCUUUUUUAAAGAAACAGAACGUCGCUUCAAGCUCUUCUUCCAGCGACGAGCAUAUCGUUGCCGCUCAUUCGGAAUCUCCAUCAUCGGUGUCAACCUCAAACUCUUUGUCAAACAGUCCUCACUCUCAACUGCCUCCCAUUCCUAUCAGCAAAUACCAUACUGCUGGAGCUUCGUCCACAGUGCCUUCUUCUACCUCCUUGACACCUUCCGCGCCUAUUAAACCCGCAACUCCCGUUGAUAACUCCGCUACCGCCAGUCCAAAAAAACGACCGCCGUUGAAUGAUACAGUUUACAGCAGCAGUCCCAAUAGCGAACCGGAAUUCUCCUUUGGAUCACAACAGAGCACGAGUUACUCCAGCCCUCGUUCCGUUGAAACGCCAAUAUCCAUGGCAGCAGGCUUGCCUAAAUUUGCCAGUCCACCCGCAGGCAGUGGAGGCCGCUACAUGGUCAAAUCGAAACGCGCUAGCUGGAUUGAUGCCAGCGCCGGUUUUAUGCAACCUCAUGAUGGGGGCACUUCUUCGACUCUAAUCAUAUUGCCCGACCACAGCCGUCCUUCGACAACGAGGAAAAGUUCCUUGGCCGACGAUAGUCAUCCUUCCUCGCCCGCAGCUCACUCCUCACAAGGCGAAGUGCUUACUACACCAGCAGACAAACACCGAGGAUCAUCACUAGAACAUCAAGACCUUGAUUCAUGGUCCCACGUGACUGGGUCAAAUACGGUGCACAAGUCAGGCUCUCUUUCAAAACUGCGUGAGAGGAGACUGCCGGUCAAUAUUCCAAGGGCCAAACCUUACCGUGAGAAUUCACUCGAUUAUUCCAUGAUGCCAUCGAUAUCGACUUCAUCCGACCAUCGUCCCCCGACCCUCUCCUCCUCCUAUGAUGCCGAUAUCCAUAAAGGCUAUUCCUUUAUCGAUGGGAAUAUGGCCGAUACCGAGGACACCGUAUCGCCAGACACUCAAAGUUUGUCCUCCUUUUACUUGCGCGGCACAUCUAGACCCGAAAUUCAGCAAAACGGAUCGUUUUAUCACGGUCGCACAUCCUCCAUGUCAUCGGUGAUGACAGACGCUAGUGUGAUUACAGAAGACUAUGGCUCUUCUCUUCUUAACCAUACGUUUUAUCCCUCACUUUCUAAUAGAGUUCAUCAAUCGAUAAGCAUCGAUAAAGGUCGUUUAUCACCAGCACACGAUUCCAGCCCCACCUCGUCUUCUCCUGUUGGGGGACAUCCUCUAUCGAGUGCACCUUUUAGAUCGUCCGCUCAACCAUUAGUGAAAAAAGUAUAUCAUCGACCUUCUCUCUCUAUGGCACGCAAUGUAUCCACCACCAGCACUUCGACCAUAAGCAAUGUCGGUCGUCCAAGCUAAUCCAUGCCACAAUACCGGCCUAUCAGCACUCGUUACGCUCGUAUCUGCGGAAGCAACUUUUCACCAAAGGAAAAAUACCACGCGACCGAAGCUGUCAUGCUUACGACAGACGGUGCGAGCCAGAUAAAGAUGUGAUCGAAAUUGAUCUUGAUGCAAGCUACCACUCGGAAGACGAAAAAAAAUCGUC